UACUAUAUAAAUGCUGUUCUUUCAGUUUCCGUGUAGAAAAUUGAAAAAUCGUUUAGUGAUGAUUUUCUAAACAGCUGUCAGACAUUAUCGGGCCGACAAAAAAAGUUUAAUAAUUUAGAGAAAGAAUUGGUCACAAAAGGCGAUAAAAUGAAUUAGAAAAACAGGUUUAAUUAAAAUACAAAUAAAGCCAAGAAUGCUCUACAGAGCGGUUAAAUAGCCCACUUUUCAUUCUUACUUCAUUAUCUUUCUCUUUUCUGCUUUAAUAAAUGUAUUUGGGAAAUGAAGGUUCGGCGGUGCCUGAAUCUUAUCAGCCCUUAGUUUCAGUUUGUUUUGGCAUGUGGGGCUGGGUUGUUGUCUUGUCGAUCUUACGUUGGCAACACAUUGAUGUCCUUUCAUUGCUCUACGUAUCCCACUGUAAUAUACAGCCUCUUAUAUAUAUAGCAGCAUCUUUAUCACUACUCACAUCUACUUACAUCUACAUGCUGGAACAUACCAUGUAUACACGAACCAGCGAGUUGCAUCAUUUUAACCCUGUUGCAUGUUGCUAUCUACUAGCUGCAGUUUUAAUCAUAUUUGGUCCGUGCAGAAAAGAACCAAUUGCAAAAAGUCCAUUUUUCAGAUAUACUUGUGGCAGAUAUCUUGAUCAGCUUCUCUGGUAUUUUGACUGGAAUAUUCGUAAAACUCACAGAAAACAUGGCCAUAUCGUAUUCGUGUUUUGUACCCUUGGUUACAAGGUAGCUCCUUUCACUGUGUUUUUUGUUUCUGAACUGACAAGACGACAAUUAGUAAAUGCGUUCAAGUACAUUUCGGCCAUUCCAGUGAUUUUUUUAGCACAUUGCACAAAACUAGACAAUCAUAACCCCGACCCUUAUGGAGAUCUACUUUGGCGGUUAUGGCUUUUUUCUGCUAUGUUUAGCAACGUUUUUGCGUUUGUAUGGGACAUUGUGAUGGACUGGGGUAUAAUUCAAGUGGGAACAGACCGUGUGUGUAUAAGAAAAGAUUUACAUUUUUCAGAGCCAUGGAGUUAUGUUUUGGCGGUUGGAAUUAAUGCGAGCAUUCGACUAUUAAAAUUCGGGUCGCACUUACACCACAUACACCCCUUUUGUGUUGAUCUGGCCGAAAUAGCACGACGUUGGACAUGGGUGAUAUUUCGAUUUGAAAAUGAAUGGAUCAAGCGAUCUUACUCCGAACCUAUAAAUAAUUUAUAA